CAAAUCCCAUUUUUUAUUCAGAAAAUUUUGGUCAAAUCCACUAUAAUCUCCACCUAUAUAGACACCCCUUUCGUCAAUCCUCUUCUUCUCAAGCUGAUCCAAACAUUUACUCUUCCUCGUCUUAUUAGUUCCCUUCUAUCUCCUCAACAAAAUACUUGAUUGUAAGAGCAAAUACUUACACACGCAUAUACUUGGUUUUAUUUGGGAAGAGAGACAUGGAAGUUCGUGUUGCACGAUGUUUUAGCCCUGAGACGAGUGAUGUUAAUGAAGACGAGUUCAUCAUGGAUGUGAAGAAAGGACCGUGGACUGCAGAAGAGGAUGCCGUCCUCAUGAAUUACGUGAGCAUCAAUGGUGAAGGGCGAUGGAACUCUGUCGCUCGCUUUGCAGGGCUGAAGCGAACCGGCAAAAGUUGCAGACUGAGAUGGUUGAACUACCUACGCCCAGACCUGCGUCGUGGAAGCAUCACUCUCCAAGAACAGCUGCUGAUACUCGAGCUCCAUUCCCGCUGGGGAAAUCGGUGGUCGAAAAUAGCCCAAUAUCUGCCUGGCAGAACCGAUAAUGAGAUAAAGAAUUAUUGGAGGACAAGGGUUCAAAAACAAGCAAAGCAGCUGAAGUGCGACGUCAACAGCAAGCAGUUCAGAGACACAAUGCAAUACGUCUGGAUGCCACGCCUUCGAGAGCAGAUCCAGAGUUUAUCAGGCAACACCUCAUCCGCUCAGCCCACCGACGCUGCCACUAAUGCCGUAGACCCAACAAGCAAUCACACUUGUGACCGAAAUAUCAUUUAUCAAAUGGGUCAAACCGCCAGCCGGUCCAGUACGUUCACCUCGAGUUUCAUUACUGAGAUACCGGCAGCAUCAUCUGACUCCAAUUCAGAUAAUACACAAGCCUCCCUUGUUUCGGAUUCAUCCGAUCAUUAUGGUCCACGGGAAGGAAGCUCCAUGGACAAUAUCUUUGACGUGUCUUUUUCGCGGCCUGAGAAUUUGCUUGACUGUUCGGGUGACCUGAUGAUGGAGAAUAUGUGGAACGAGGAGAACAUAUGGUUCUUGCAGCAGCAGCUUUUAGAUGAUUGAAAGAGUUCAUUCGACAAUCUUUUUUAGGAGCAAUUUGUUGAGAAAAUCAAGUGUACAAAGAUAUAUAAUGAUGGGGCAUAAGAUCAUAAUUAAUAGGCCAAGCAUAGCACUCCCUUAGAUUAAUUUAAUAUUUCUUCUCGUUGCAUCAAUUUCAGCAAUUAAUUCAUUCAAUUAUGUAGAAUAAUUAAACUGUAUCGGUUCGAUUCUUCAAUAUAAAUGGUUCAAAACGUUUAAUUGAAA